AUGCAUGACAAUGCUGAGCAAAUUGCUAGGCGGAGGUUGAAAGACUUCCGAAAUUUUCAGCCACCUACGUUUGAAGGUGGGGAUAAUCCAGAGAUUGCAGCAAGAUGGUUGCAGAUGAUUGAACACAUCUUUGAACGUAUGGGAUGUCCUGAAGCUCACAGGGUUGACUAUGCCUCAUAUCAGCUGAUUGAUGAAGCUUUAACUUGGUGGACGAGUGCAAGGGCUUUGCUUCGAGCACAACAUGUUGAUCUGACUUGGACGGUGUUCAGACAGGUUUUUCUUGACAAGUAUUUCCCUAAGGCGAUGAGGAGAAUGAAACACACUGAGUUGCUGGCAGUACGGCAGAAUAAUAUGACUGUCAAUGAAUAUAUUGCAAAGUUUGGGCAGCUGAUGGAAUAUACUAAUUUUGAUCGGAACAUUUAUGAUGAAGAGUGGCAGGUGGAAAAAUAUGAAAGUGGACUGCAUCCAGAGAUCCGCAAGCUUAUGUCAACAAAUCAUACUCUUCCUGAAUUGAUCAAUCAGAGUUGGCAAGCAGAAGAAAUUAUAAAUGAAGCUAAGAAUUUGUCUAAACAGCCAGCGCAAUCACAAGGAGGAAGUAAAGUUGGUUGGUUCUUCAGAAAGAUUACCGGAAUGAAUAGAGGCAAGGGUCCGCAAUUGCAACCUCGGACUGGAAACUUCAAGAAGAAUAAUACUCCUGGACAAUCAUCAGCCGGGCGACAAGGUCCCAAUGCUUGUACUACUUGUGGAAAGAAUCAUACUGGUAUUUGCCGACGCGGGAACAAUUUGUGCUACAGGUGUGGACAGUCGGGACACUUCAUUUCUGAUUGCCAACAGAAUGCCAAUCAUCCUCCUACUCAAGCUCGGGUGUUCACCCUUGAUGCAGAUGAAGCUCAAAAGUAUUCGAAUCUGAUCCGAGGUAAUGUAAUUCUGAAUGGUUAUCCUCUCUCUGUUAUUUUUUAUUCUGGAGCAUCAGGUUCUUUUAUUGCGGGGCAUGCUGCACUGAGACUUGGUCUCACCCUGGCUCUGUUACCUUAUGAGUUACAAAUCAGUACUCCUACUGGAGGAUCUUGUACUGCAUCAAAAAUCUGCAGGGGUUGUAUUCUGCAAUUUGAAGGAAGUACUUAUACAGUGAAUUUAGUGGUUCUAUUGGUAUUCAGUCUUGAGGUGAUUAUCGGUAUGGACUGGUUGGCGGAGAACGGAAUAACUUUAGAUUGUCAAGCAGGAAAGGUCAUUGUUCCUUCGAAAGAUGGUAAUUUUCAGUCUUUUGCUACUACUUCUUUAUUACAAGUUAGAAAAGAACUCCUUCGGGGAGCUGAAGGGUAUCUGUUGUCGAUUGGGUCUGAGAGUACGAUUGAUACUCAACUUCAAAAUAUUCCGGUUGUUAAUGAAUUCAAGGAGGUGUUCCCCGAUGAAAUUCCUCGAUAA